CGUCAGCUGUGUUGUGUUGUGGUCAAGAGCUCCUGCACAAGACCUCUUCAUUCCUGUGAAGCUUGUUAAACAUACAAGCUAUGUCGUCAUUUUUAAAUUAUCUGGCCUCUACAAAGAGAACCUUGGCGUCACAAAGGCAUAUGGGACUUCACGUGGUCUUAAGCAACGAGGCAUGUGACCUGGACUCUGCCGUCAGCGCUACCGUCUACGCCUUCCUCCUAAAUUCACUCCAGCAGAAAGCAUAUGUGAUCCCGAUGCCGAUGAGUGUGAUACCUGUCCUCAACAUAGCCAGGGAGGAGUACUCACUAAAGACGGAGGUGGUCUACUGGCUGGGGAAGUACGAGAUUCACCCAGACAUCCUCAUCUUCAGGAAUGAGAUAGAUCUAACUAAGCAACACGAGAUAGGACUCAAGCUAACCCUGGUUGACCAUCACGUGCUGCCUCCCUUAGAUGCUCACCUUGACCCGGAUAUCGUCUUCAUUAUUGACCACCGCAAGCUGGAACGUACGGCUGUUUCUGUGUCAGGCGGGAUGGUGGUAGAGCCGGUAGGGUCCUGCUGUACACUGGUAACCGAACAGAUCCUAGAUAAGGAUUCCAGCGUAUUGAAGGAUAACACCAUAGCCAGUCUACUCUACGGGACGAUCGUCUUGGAUACUGUCAACUUCAACGAGGCGGCCAAGAAGAUGACGCCCAAGGAUGUGCGUAUGUACAACACUCUGUGCUUUUCUCUGACAACUCUACUCAGCAAAGAUCGGGUGUUCCAAGAUCUGGUGGAGGCUAAGACGAACGUAUCUGGCCUCACCUCCGAGCAGCUACUGAGGAAGGACGUCAAGGUGGUCUCUUCUGAGGACUUCAGAAUCGGGAUUGCUUCCGUCCCCAUGAUGGUCAAGGACUAUCUGCAGCGAAAGGACGUGGGUAGGGACCUCUCAAAGCACUGCUGCAGGCAAGAUUACCAAAUCCUGGUCAUCCUGGGGGCCAACCACACUAACGAGACAAUCUACAGGGACAUGGCUGUUUUUUCGACCCAGAUCGACCUUAGAGAUGAGCUGGUGCUUCAUCUGUGUAAUGCCGAGGACAGGCGCCUUCAACUGCAACCUAUGGGCGUCAACAUCCUGGGCUGCUCCACCUUCCUCCAGGGCAACACUGCUGCCUCCAGGAAGGUCAUCCUGCCUUAUGUCAAGGACUGGCUGGCUAAACAAAAUAUCUGACUGUUCGGCCAAAAUCUUUCACUGUCUGUCCGGCCGCCACGAACCCCGGCCAUCCCGAUCCUCUCAUUGACUGGCUAACAAGAACCUUCAACUAGUCAUCAAGAAUCACAGGCUGGCCAUAAUGAAUCUUUAGCUGGCCAUUAGAACACGUGGGUGGUCACAUGGACUUCUGACUGGCUGGCCACUAAUAAGUUAAGACUACCUGACCAGAAAUUCCCAAGACUGAGAGAAGAUAAUGAAGGCUGACGUGAUUUUUCCUGUUUAUUUCUCUUAUUACUAACAAACAUUAAGAGAGUUUCAUGUUAUAUUUGGCUUUAAGUUAACAUUCCCAUGAAAGAGUCUUUUAACUUGAUAUAUUCUCAAGGUUUUAAUCGAUUCCACUUGUCAUAUGAAAUCAAUUAAUUUACUGAAGGGUCAAACUGAACCUCUCAUUACCAGGAUACAAGUGAUCACAUUUUCUUCACCUCACAUCAGUCAA